AUGAAUCCAUUCCUGUUCCUAUUUUCGUUCCUGUUUUUCGCUCGCGAAUCCGUUUCUCAACAAACGUAUUCCGAAAACCACAUUCUAGAAUGUAACAAUUCCAACACAACAGAACUAACCCCGGAAUUCCUCUACACUUGCAACGGAAUCCAAUCGUGUUCCACCUUCUUAAUCUUCAGAACUCAACCUCUUUACAACACAGUUUUCACCAUUUCCAAGCUUAUGUCAACCGACCCUACGGAUGUCGCCCAAAUCAACGGAAUCACUGAUUCCACCGGAAUCUUGCCACUAAACAAAGAGCUAAUCAUUCCGGUUACAUGUUCUUGUUCUGGUAAGUACUAUCAAGCUAACACAUCUUUUGUUAUUCCGAUUAACACCAACUAUUUCACUAUCGCAAAUUCCACAUUCCAAGGUUUAACCACAUGUGAUUCCCUCCACAAAAACAAUAUUUAUAAAGAAAAUGAUUUACAAGUUGGUAGCAAGAUUCCUGUCCCACUUAGAUGUGCGUGUCCUACGAUUAGUCAAACCAUGUCCGGAAUCAGGUUUCUGUUGACUUACUUGAUUACUUGGGAAGAUUCAAUCAAGAAAAUUAGUAAUCAGUUUGAUGUGAAAUUUCAAGAUUUAAUUUUGGAAAACGGGUUUUCUUCUGUUGAAGAUUUGAUUUUUCCGUUUACUACCAUUCUUGUUCCUCUAUCUACCGAACCUUUAAGUUCUCAAACAAGAACAUUCGACCGGAAUCGGAAUCCAAAGUUGUCAAAGAAAGGAAUAGUAAUAGGGACGAUAUCAGGUGGUUUCUUGGCGAUUCUUUGUGGUGUUUUUGUGAUAUAUUUAGUAUCGAAAAGGAGAAGAUCGAAUGAGGGUAAAACCGUAAAAUGGGAGCUGCCUAAAGAUAUCCAACUUGGUAUUGCUCGUGUUGAUCAAGUUCUCAAAAUCUACAAAUUUGAAGAAUUAGAGGAGGCCACAGACGGAUUUACCCUCGAAAAGAGAUUAAGUGCUUCGGUUUAUAAAGGAAGUAUAAAGGGUAGAAAAGUCGCGAUUAAACAAACGGGGACACACGCGAAUAAAGAGGAAUUCAUGGAAAACGGUUCAUUAAAUGAAUGGCUUCGAGAUUUGACUUGUCAAAAAAGUCAAACAUGGAAUAAUCGUAUUCGUAUUGCUUUAGAUGUUGCUAAAGGUCUUCAAUAUCUACAUAAUUUUGCGAAUCCAACAUACGUCCAUAAAGAUAUAAACACUAGCAAUAUUCUAUUAACUAAGGAUCUACGAGCCAAGAUUUCAAAAUUUGGUCUUGCAAAGUCAACUGAGAAGGGCGAAAACGUAAAUUCAUCCAUAAAAUGUCGGUUUGAGUCAAAGGGGUACCUCGCACCGGAGUAUUUAGAGGCAGGAUUUGUGACAACGAAGACCGAUGUGUAUGCAUUUGGAGUUGUUUUGUUGGAAUUGAUAACGGGGAAAAAAGUUGUGUAUGAGAAUGAUGAUGAUGGGGGACAAGUGAUGUUGUGUGAAGAAGUUGUUUCGAUUAUAGGUGAUGAAAAUAAUGUGAAAAGUAAGGUUAAUUACAUUAUUGACCCUCUUUUGAAAGCUAGACAUGCCCUUGGGUUUGUUAUAGAUCAAGAUGAACUUGCACUGCGUUUGGUGAAACUGAGUAUUGGUUGUUUGGAAAGUGAACCAUCGAGAAGAUUAAGUAUGAAUGAGAUUGUUUCUACUCUUAUGAUGAUUCAAAUGGAUCCACCAAGCUCGGAUACCAAGUUUUUGGUGUAG